ACUUAUACUUGUAUGUGUGAGUAGAGCAUGUCAUUAUUUUGUCCUUGAUUAAAAAAUCAGUUUGUCAGUUUGUGUUGCCGUGUAAAGAUUUUUUUAUGUCUUGAGAUCACGCAAUUCUAUAGUUUAUUUUUUUUUUAUCACACAUAAAAUGACUUGGACUUGGAUAUUUUUGAGCAUCCUCUCGUCGUCAAUCAUCGCCAAAGCGACAUCUGAGAAAGACAUAAAAGAGGCCCAGCAAAAAAUUCUGGUGUUCCUAAAAGAGCCUUCAGGCAUAAACUGGCUGAGCUCAGUGUCACAAGAGCGAAGAAGUCCUCUGAAAACCAUCGAACUACUGUCCGCGAUAAUCGAUCCCACGUCUCCAGCGUCCGCGGAAACGAAAUCAGCGGCCACGGAGUUGAAAUCUGCGCUGGACACCGGGACCAACGCGACGCAGAUAGAACUUGAGGGCUGGAAGGACCUAAUUGACAACGGGCCUCAAGAUGACAUAAUCUGUCUCUACCGGGCCCUCAACACGACCUCCAAUCGCACCGAAGACUGGCAGAAAUUCCUUACCAACAUCUCCGAUGGCUACAUGAUCUACCUCGCGCUGGACAUGGGGACCAAGACCUUGAUUUGUAUGAAAAAAAUUCCAAUCCAGACCCGGGUACUUGACACUUCGACCCAAGAGCCUUCGACCCUCAGUACCUCGGAGUCUCCGGAGUCAAAAAUGGGUAAUGGGAGCCGGGCACUGAAUGACCCGCUCCCCCUCCAGGAGGACUCUUGCGAAGAUUCAAAAGAAUCCAACACCCGGAAUUCCAGAAGACAGUUCUCAGAACCAAAACCUCAACCUCCUCCGUGCAAUCGUCCAAUUAUUUAUGUCCUACCAGUUAAUUAUCCUGGUCAAAAUGGUUACGUUCCUUGGCAGCAACGACAUCUACCUCAGGCCUAUCCCAGUCAGCAGAUUGGGCCCUACCCGAUUUCUAAUUCCCAAUUUAAUCCUAAUCAGCAAAUGAAUUCUCUGAUCCCGAAUAGACGAAGUCCUUACAAUGCUGACCCACUUAAUGCGAUCGAUGGGCCCAAUAAACCCAAUAAACUAAAUGGGCCCUUGCCAAGUUCACCAGGUGGAUUCGCUUACAGACCGGCACCUCGUAAUUGGCAACCGCCGAUUUCAUGCGACCAAAAUAAUUGGCAGCCAGAGUGUUUUUGGAAACCGCCUCAAAGAUAUCCGAAUUUGGGCCCAUUGAGGCCCACGAUGGUCGACAACAAUUUCGGGUACCGUAAAACUUUGCCGGUAGAACAGAGUCCGAGUAGCAAAGAGUCUGCUGCAGUGCAGAGGCGAUUAGUGCCGAUGAAAAAGGUCUUGCCGAAUUGGAGGCAUCCAAAUAGGAAUUUUAUGGACCCACCCAUUGUUCCUUACGUCAUUUACAACCGAUAUUCAUUGCGCUACCCACCGGGCUGGCCAGUGGGCCAGAAUAUGCCCGUGGGACCUAACUGGCAGAAUCGGAAUGCGCUCGAAGAACCAAAUAAGGGUGGGCUCGAAGGACCAAAUACUCCAGUAGAGCCGGGCCCCAAUGAAGUGGCGAAACAAAAUAGGCCUUGUGCGUCGAAAAAUUGCUUGUGCAGUUUGUGUGACAAGCCGAUUGUUGUUAAGGUUCUACUGGAAAAUUCCGCGAAGAAGGAAGAAGCUACUGGCUCGCGUAGGAGCCUUGACCUCCAAGAAGUCGCUGACGCCAUCGGUAAAACAGAUCAGAGUCUUGAGGAAUUGGAGAAAAAGGUUAAAGAAGAGCUGGCUGGGACUAAAAAGGGCAAUGAGGAUACCGAAAUUGAAGAAUCGAAGGAAAGUAGUGAAGAUUAAUUGUUUAAAUUGAAGUAGAUCAAUAAAAGUAAUAAUGAAAUUUAUUAAUUUUUGUUUUUGUAUUAAUUAUAAUGAUAAAUAAAAUAAAAAAUAUGAAAACCACAUGACCCUGCAGACUAGCUCUAAAGCUUCCCGAUGUUUUCGAGCUCUUGAGCUCAAAAAUACUAAUGUUAAUAUAUUUUUGAGCUCUUCAAGCUCGGAAAUAGUAAUGCCGCAGCUUCCAGUUCAAAAAUUUAAGUAAUGAACAAUCAGAAAAAAAAAUAAUGAAGAAAAUUUUUUUUUUUUUUUUUUUUUUUAUCUUUGGAAAUAAUGACUGAUUUUAUGAGUGUGAAUCUAGCAUGAUUUUGAAGUUGGCCGACGUCUGAUAAUUUUUGGAUUUUUUUUUUAAACGACAAAUUAUAAAAAAAAUUAUUUAAAAAAAUUGCACAUGUAGAAAAUUUAAAAAACUAUAGGUGCAAUUUUUUGAAAUAUUUUUUUUUUUAUAAUUUAUCGCUUUGAAAAAAAUUAUAAAAUUAUUAGACGUCAGGUGACUUCAGUAUCAUCAUUUAUUUUCAAUUCUUAUUCAAGUUGUUGUUUAAAAAUAAAAUAUUGGCGCGAAAAAUUUUGUUUUAAAUAUUUUUUAAAAAUACAAAUUAAUAAUUAUAAGAAAUAAAUAAAAUAAAUAAUUGUAAGCAAUA